UGAGAUCUCUCCUAUUGACGUCGACAGACAGAAGCCGCGUCCAGUGAGAAGGAAAGGACGGCCGCUAUAGCCCUAUCGGCUGCUACAACACCAAAACGUAUCCACCUAACUGGCUGACGCUACACCUUGGUCUUUCCGGGUCCUUGCACGCUUCGGUCCAACUCCUGCAGAGCUGAGCCUGAGGGGAAUCCGGAAGGGACACGCUGAACAGGAACAGAAAUGAAUAAAAGUCGCUGGCAGAGUAGAAGAAGACAUGGGAGAAGAAGCCACCAGCAGAACCCUUGGUUCAGACUCCGUGAUUCUGAAGACAGGUCUGACUCCUGGGCAGCACAGCCCGCUCACGAUUCUGGCCACGGUGAUGACGAGUCUCCGUCGACCUCGUCUGGCACAGCUGGGACCUCCUCUGUGCCAGAGCUACCUGGGUUUUACUUUGACCCUGAAAAGAAACGCUACUUCCGCUUGCUCCCUGGACAUAACAACUGCAACCCCCUGACGAAAGAGAGCAUCCGGCAGAAGGAGAUGGAGAGCAAGAGACUGUGGCUGCUCCAGGAAGAGGACAGACAGAAAAAGAUUGCCAGGAUGGGAUUUAAUGCAUCUUCCAUGCUACGAAAAAGCCAGCUGGGUUUUCUCAACGUCACCAAUUACUGCCAUUUAGCCCACGAGCUGCGUCUCAGCUGCAUGGAGAGGAAAAAGGUCCAGAUUCGAAGCUUGGAUCCCUCUGCCUUGGCAAGCGACCGAUUUAACCUCAUACUGGCAGAUACCAACAGUGACCGGCUCUUCACAGUGAACGAUGUUAAAGUCGGAGGCUCCAAGUAUGGCAUCAUCAACCUGCAAAGUCUGAAGACCCCUACACUCAAGGUGUUCAUGCAUGAAAACCUCUACUUCACCAACCGGAAGGUGAAUUCGGUGUGCUGGGCCUCGCUGAAUCACUUGGAUUCCCACAUUCUGCUAUGCCUCAUGGGACUCGCAGAGACUCCAGGCUGUGCCACCCUGCUCCCAGCGUCACUGUUCGUCAAUAGUCACCCAGGAAUAGACCGGCCUGGCAUGCUCUGCAGUUUCCGGAUCCCUGGUGCCUGGUCCUGUGCCUGGUCCCUGAAUAUCCAAGCAAAUAACUGCUUCAGUACAGGCUUGUCUCGGCGGGUCCUGUUGACCAACGUGGUGACGGGACACCGGCAGUCCUUUGGGACCAACAGUGAUGUCUUGGCCCAGCAGUUUGCUCUCAUGGCUCCUCUGCUGUUUAAUGGCUGCCGCUCUGGGGAAAUCUUUGCCAUUGAUCUGCGUUGUGGAAAUCAAGGCAAGGGGUGGAAGGCCACCCGCCUGUUUCAUGAUUCAGCAGUGACCUCUGUGCGGAUCCUCCAAGAUGAGCAAUACCUAAUGGCAUCAGACAUGGCUGGAAAGAUCAAGCUGUGGGACCUGAGGACCACGAAGUGCAUAAGGCAGUACGAAGGUCACGUGAAUGAGUACGCCUACCUGCCCCUGCAUGUGCACGAGGAAGAAGGAAUCCUGGUGGCAGUGGGCCAGGACUGCUACACGAGAAUCUGGAGCCUCCACGAUGCCCGCCUACUGAGAACCAUACCCUCCCCGUACCCUGCCUCCAAGGCUGACAUUCCCAGUGUGGCCUUCUCAUCGCGGCUGGGGGGCUCCCGGGGCGCGCCGGGGCUGCUCAUGGCUGUCGGGCAGGACCUUUACUGUUACUCCUACAGCUAAUUCUGCAGGGUACAGCCCAGAGCCAUGUGGAUUUGACUUACGGGAGUAAAGUGUAACUUUUUACUGCAUCUAAUGAGGGCGUUUUAAGUGACACUCAGUGUACACAGAUCCCAUCCUCUGGCUGCUAGGAGAGAAGUGCUGAAUGUUCCGUGUGGCGACACUCAGGAAAGUUAUUUGAGUUAAAUUGCUGGCUCAGAGAGCUUCGAAGUCCUUUUCAUAAAAGGUACCUCUUUCCUUUUCUUACUGAAUUCUUAGAACUUAGUUAACCCUCCCUGCCUUUUCUUAACAAAAAGGACUUUUCUAAGGACUGAAGAUUGGUAAAAACGAAAAGCUUCUUCCACCAAGAGCCCAUUGGAGAAGCCCAGUGAUGAGACGGUGAGAUGGUUUGAGUCCUCGGUUCCUGGGUCGCAGGAAGAAAGACCUGCAUCCUGCAUCUGUACUUGGGGAAGCCAGCAGAGAGGACGGGGAGGUUACUUCUCUAAGUUUCUGCAGAAGUAUUGAAGGCUGGAGUUUGGAAUCCUUAAACUUGGCCUUCUCAAACUCAGCAGCAGAUCUCCGGGAUUCUCCUGUUAUUAUCCAAAGACAUUGGAAGGAAAGAUGGAUCUUCUUACAUGCUAGAAGUUUUAAACAGUCCUUAACAUGCCUUUGUUGAAGCACCUUCCAGAAUGUAAGGUUCAGCAGCUCUGGUUUCUAUUACAGUGACUUGAAUGUCAGAUUCAAGGGCCUGGCGUCAAAGGAGAUUGGUUUUGACUUUUUGUAAUCUAGGAGCGACGGUUUGUGAGAUGUUUAUUCAGUGUUAAAGAGCCUGUUUUUCUACCAAACAAUAAAACCAAGAGAAGAAUCA